CUACACACAUACAUAGUUUCUUCUACUACACGACGACAAACAUGGGGAAGCCUGCGAAGAUCGGAGAGUGGGGUGGAUACGCCGGCGAUCGUCGGGAUCUGAGGGCUACUCCGGACCGGCUGAUCGAGGUGAAGGUCACGGCGGACAACAGCAGCUGCAUCCGCUCCAUCUCCUUCAUCUACAUCGGAGCCGAUGGCAAACCGUACGAGGAGGGGCCAUGGGGUUUCGGCCAUGCUGGCACGGAGUACAAGAUUGAUCUGUGCAGGUUCGACGAGAGCUUGACGGAGAUCUCCGGGACCACGGGCCCAGCCUACAACAUUGACAAUCUGGUCAAGUCUCUCAAAUUCGUCACCAACAAACGCGCUUACGGACCGUACGGCAGGGACGAGGGCACCCCGUUCCGUGUCAAGGUGAUGAACAACGGCCACGUCGCUGGCUUCUUUGGCCGCUCUGGAGAUUGCCUGGACGCGAUCGGGCUCUACGUGAACCCCAACUAAUAACUAAAACGAUGGAUCGGAUCAUCUGCAUGCAUGCAUAUGCAGUAUGCAUGCUGCUUGCCUGCCUGUAACGAAUAUGAAUGCAUAAAAUAACGCCCCUGCUGCUCCCAUGCAUCAGCAGUGUGUACCACUAUGUUAUAU